AUGAUCUUUUUAUACAUCGUUGUUCUAUUGUUCAAUGGAACAGUGAUAGCAUCAUCUGAAGAUAGUAAAACUAAUCCUGAACAUUUGAUAACCACCGAGGCAUUUCGUCCCUUGGAUCUAUUAACACCCGAUAUCGAAAGUGUUAUAAAGAUGGUAGUGAACAAUACCAGUGCUGUCGAUGAGGAGCUUAAGAAGAGGAUAUUAGUAAAACUGGAGGAAAUGAACUUCGAGACAAAUAAAAUAACGGAUGAAGAGGUGGUGACAAUAAGAAGUAUUAUGGAAAAGAACAAAGAUACGUUCUAUGAUAAUUUCAUAAAUAUUUGUACGAAUUUGUCACAAGAACCACUUUUAGAGAAGACUUGGGAUUUAAGCUUAUUGGCUGAAAGAAUCCGAUCGGGCGUGUACACGUUAGUCGAACAAUCGCAUGAGCAAAAGCUUGUAAGGUAUUCUACAUUACUCUUGAAUAGGAAUUCAGAGAUUUUCGAGCUUUUGAAAGGUGUUUUAGAGGACUUUGACAGAUUGGGAGAUACCGUGUUGCACUUCAACCCUGUAAAUGAGAGUGAUAUAAAAAAGAUAUCACUAAAUAACGAACAACUCGUUGAAAACAUUACAAAGAUAGUGAAUACUAUUGCAAACGAAUUUAUAACUAGUACAAUGAACAAUACGUCGCGAAAGAAUAAACAAAUGGUUGAAACGCUUGUAACAUACGUAGUUGAACAGAAACAGUACAUACUAAAUAGGACAGCUACUUUAGUUGAAGAGUUGAGUACUUUGGAAAAUGAAGGGGUCGUUAAAACAGUUGCACAAGGAAAUUUAGAAAUCAAACACCUGAUUACCAGAAAUAUGGAUAUGCUAACAGAUUUGAUAAGGAAAAUCAUUACAGAUUUAUCUGAUGAUGCACUGCAAAAGGUAAAAGAAAUGAUGAACUCUGUAAAUAAGGAUUUUCUACAGAGAAUAUUACCAGGUUUUCAGUAA